CGCGGUCACGCGCGUUCCGGCUUCUCACGGACCCGCGUGAACACGCACGAGGCCGGGGACGCGACAGGAAGCUGCCGGCAUGGUGAUUCCAUUUUCAAUAAAGAACUGCUUCCAGUUCCUUUGUAGCCACAAGGUCCCAGCAGCUAGCUUGAAAACUACAGUAAGAAGUGGGCUCAUCCUACAGUCGAUUUCCAAUGACGUUUAUCAGAAUCUGGCUGUGGAAGACUGGAUCCAUGACCAUGUGAGCCUAGAAGACAAGCCAGUCCUUUUCUUUUGGAGAAAUUCUCCGUCAGUUGUGAUUGGCAGGCAUCAGAAUCCCUGGCAGGAAUGUAAUCUGAAUCUGAUGAGAGAAGAAGGUAUAAAACUGGCCCGGAGGAGGAGUGGUGGAGGGGCAGUCUACCAUGACUUGGGCAAUAUCAAUUUGACUUUCUUUACAACCAGAAACAAAUACGACAGGAUGAAGAAUCUGAAAUUAGUUGUGAGAGCCCUGAACACUGUUCAGCCCCAGCUGGAUGUGCAAGCUACCAAAAGAUUUGACCUUUUGCUUGAUGGACAGUUUAAAAUCUCAGGAACAGCCUCUAAGAUUGGCCGGACGACUGCCUACCACCACUGUACCCUUUUGUGUUGUACUGAUGGAACCACCUUGUCUUCGGUACUAAAGAGCCCUUCCCCGGGGAUCCAGACGAAUGCCACGACCAGCACUCCCGCCGUGGUAAAGAAUCUGCUUGAGAAAGAUCCCACCCUGACCUGUGAGGCGGUGACGAAAGCCGUCGCUGCCGAGUAUGCUGCCUGUCAUCAGCUUGAUGAUCACAUCACCCUAAUCAACCCAGCCGAUGAGACCCUGUUCCCUGGGAUAAACAGCAGAGCCCAAGAGUUACAAACUUGGGACUGGCUAUAUGGCAAAACUCCAAAGUUUAGUAUCAACACUUCCUUUAAUGUUUUAUGUGGACACUCAUGUCUAGAAAUUAAAGUAUUCAUAGAUGUAAAGAAUGGAAGAAUUGAAAUCUGCAGUAUUGAAGCACCUGAUCAUUGGUUGCCACUGGAAAUAUGUGACAAAUUCAAUUCAAGUUUUAUUGGCAGUAAGUUUUGCCCAAACGAAGCUACCAUGCUAACAGAUAUAUUACUUAGAACAUAUCCAGAAGACCAAAAACUGCACAGUAAAUGGAAUAUCCUCUGUGACAAAAUUAAGGGAAUAAUGUGAUUCCAAAAUUUCUUGAUACCAUUUCAGUGAGAAAAUAAAAAGAUUUCUGAUGCA